AUGACUUCUAAUAAUAAUGAAAAAUCAUCUCAGGGAAACAAUACUGAAACAAAAGAUUCUAAUAAUAAAGAUAAACCGACUAAUGCAGUUGGAUUUUUUCAAUUAUUUCGUUAUGCUACAUUUCUUGAUAUAUUGAUGAUGUUUGUGGGUUGCAUAUGUGCUGCCGCAAACGGAGCAGCACAGCCUUAUCAAACAAUAAUUAUUGGUGAUGCUUUAGAUGCUUUGCUUCGUUACGGGGUUUUAUUAUCAGCAAAUGCAGUAACAGAAGAUGCUAAAGAUGAAUUGAAAAGAGAUAUCCUAAAACAAACCAUAUAUUUUCUUGCUAUCGGAGGGGCAGUAUCAAUAUUCGCCUACUUACAGAUAACACUUUGGAUGGUUACAGGAGAAAGACAAGUGAUGAUUACAAAUCGUAUAUCCUCAGAUGCAAGUUUAUUCCAAGAUGGUAUUUCUGAAAAGGUUGGAUUAAUUGUUCAAAGCCUUGCAUCAUUUAUUGGGGGAUUUGUAAUUGGAUUCACAAAAGCAUGGAAACUUACUCUUGUCAUAUGCAGUGCAUUACCGUUAUUAAUUGUGUCCUCUGUUCUAUAUGGAUACAUUGUCGAAGCUUCAACUAAAAAGGGACAAGAGGUUUACGCGGAAGCGGGCAAUGUAGCUGAGCAGGUACUUUCUGGAAUUCGAACAGUGAUAGCCUUUGGAGGUCAACAACGUGAAAUUGCUCGUUAUAACCAAAAAUUAAAAGGUGCUUAUACAGUUGGGAAAAAGAAGGCAUUAACUACCGGUUUAA